CCCACUUUAUUUCUCUAGUCACUAUUUCUCUCUAUAUUAUUCACAUUUUUUUAUGAAUGAAGUCCCCUGAAAUAUUUCAGUCACAGUUUCAAAUCCCGGUGAGAAACAAUGGCCGCCGGUCGCCGUUACCGUCAGCUUCCGAUGCUUUUUUGUUUUUCUCCGGCGCCGUCGCUGCUUUGUUGCUAGUUUGGACGUUUUCUACUUUUUCAAAUUCUCAACCUCAGACAACAAAUACUUUCGAGACACAAAUUUCUGAGCCUAAAUUGCCUGUCACGGAUGACGUCAGCUGUGAUGCUAGUAGUUACAACGGUUUUAACCUCCAUUAUGACCCACUCGACCCGAAUUUCUAUGAUGACCCGAGUUUUGGGUACGCUUUAGACAAGCCUGUAAAAAACUGGGAUGAGAAAAGAAAAGAAUGGUUGAAACAACAUCCGUCAUUUCAGUCCGGGUUGGAGGAACGGGUUUUGGUGAUAUCCGGGUCACAAUCCGGGCCAUGUAGAAACCCGAUUGGGGAUCAUUUGUUGUUAAGGUUUUUUAAGAAUAAAGUGGAUUAUUGUCGGAGACAUGGGUAUGAUAUUUUUUAUAAUAAUGUGUUACUUCAUCCUAAAAUGCAUACUUACUGGGCUAAAAUCCCAACGGUUCGGGCCGCAAUGUUGGCCCACCCGGAAGCUGAGUGGAUAUGGUGGGUUGAUUCGGAUGCUGCUUUUACUGAUAUGGAUUUUAAAUUACCGUUGCAACGUUAUAAAAAUCAUAAUUUUGUCGUCCACGGUUGGCCCGAAUUGAUCUAUCAGAAAAAAAGUUGGACUAGUUUAAAUGCGGGUGUAUUUUUGAUCCGAAAUAGCCAAUGGUCUCUUGAUUUUAUGGAUGUUUGGUCGAGUAUGGGUCCGCAAACUCCGAAUUAUGAAAAAUGGGGCGAAAUAUUGAGAGAAACUUGUAAAGACAAGUUUUUCCCUGAAUCGGAUGAUCAAACGGGUUUGGUUUAUUUAUUAUUGAAAGAAAAAGAAAAAUGGGGUGACAAGGUUUAUGUAGAAGGUGAGUAUUAUUUCGAAGGAUAUUGGUUGGAAAUUGUGGAGACUUUAGAAAACAUAACGAACAUAUAUAACGGAAUCGAGAGAAAGGUGCGCGAGUUAAGAAGGCGGCAUGGUGAGAAAGUGAGUGAACGUUAUGCCGCGAUUUGGGAUGAGUAUUUGAAAGAUGCGGGGUAUGGGAAGUUUAGUUGGCGAAGGCCGUUUAUAACGCAUUUUACAGGGUGUCAACCAUGUAGCGGAAAGCAUCAUCAGAUGUAUUCGGGUCAGUCUUGUUGGGACGCGAUGCAAAAAGUGUUGAAUUAUGCGGAUAAUCAAGUGUUGCGAAAUUAUGGGUUUCUUCAUCGUGAUUUGCUUGAUUCGGCUUCGGUUUCUCCUUUGCCGUUUGAUUACCCAAAUGUGAUAAUUUGAUUAAUAUCCGAUAUAUGUAAGUACAACUAUUGAACUUCUGAGUAUUGUUUACGUGCUGUGGACACAACAAUUAUUAAUGUUUGAUGCUUGUUAGCUAAAUACUUGGUACCUUGAAUAUUA